AUGAUAAUUAAAGAAAAAAAAAGUAAAUUAAAUUUAAAAUAUAUUUGGUUAAUAAAAAUCAAACCUGGGUUUAAUAGAACAGUAAUUUCAUUUUUUCACUCAAUAAAUCAAUGUUUUAAAGACCAGCAUCAAAAAAUCAAAGAAAAAAAAAAUAGAAAAAAAGAUAAAGAUAUAGAUAGAGAAUUUAGACAUAAUACAAAGCACAACAUGAACGAUCCAAUGGUGGAAAAUAAUGAUUUUACAGAUAGAUCAAUAUUCAAUAAACAUCAAGAUAAUGCAUAUAAAAAAAGUCAUACUCAUCACCACCAUCACCCACACGAAACAAAACAAGACUACUUUGAAAAGGAUAUAAAUACAAAUGAAAAUAUUAAUAUUCCAUAUGUCAAAGGAGAAAUUGCAACAGAUAAAAAAUAUUUUGAUAAUACCAAUUAUUUAGAAGAACUAUCAUCACUCGAAAAGAAAUAUAAUAUAGAAUUAAAAAAUGGUAAUUUAUCAAACGAAACUUCUUUUGAAUAUGCUAAAAAACUAUCUCACUCUCAAAAUAAAGAAAAUAGAAGAAAAUCUAUAGAUUUAUUUUUAGAAUUAUUAAAAAAUGAUAAAGAAAAUCAAGAAAGAUAUUUACUUGAACUUGGUACAACCUAUUAUAAACAAGAAGAUUAUAAUAAUGCAAAUGUAUACAUCGAUAAAGUUUUACAAUCUUCACCUUUAAAUAGACAAGCACUUUCAUUAAAAUAUUUAGUCGGUCCAGUUAAUCCACCCCCUAUCCAAGUAAACUCGUAA